ACAGCUUCCGGAUACUUUACAGACAUAAAUUGAACGAGCUUCUGUGAUAUCGGUCGAAAGUGUAGCUUUGCAACUUUUUGUUUGUAUCCUCCUUUUAGCCAAGGCAGGGUUGAGGAGAGAUGUCUGCUCAAGUCAGACUGAGGCUGCUGCCGACUGCCAGGUGUUUGUUCGAUGAGCCCAUUCAGGUGAAAGUUGCGGGGCUUAGGUCGAAGCAGGUGGUCACCAUGAGAGCCAGAUCCACCGACGACAAAGGAGUGGUGUUCAGCUCCAUGGCCACCUACAGGGCUGAUGGCAACGGGGAGAUCAACCUGGAGAGAGACCCUUCACUUAGUGGAAGCUUUGUUGGGGUUGAGCCCAUGGGUCUGCUGUGGUCGAUGACAGCAGACACCUUGCACAAAAGGUUUCAGAAGACAAAUACACUAAAUCCCCACGUGGUGAAGUUCUCUGUGCAUGAAGAAGAGGGUGAGAUGCUUGCAGAGGUGACUAAUAAGAGGUUUCUGAUCAAAGAAGGGAUCAGCCGUGCUCCUGUCAAAGAAGGGAAUCUUCGUGGAGUCCUAUUUACUCCCCCAGGAGAAGGGCCGUUCCCUGCCUUGUUGGAUUUAUACACAUUUGGUGGUGGUCUUUCUGAGAAAAGGGCCUCCCUGUUAGCCAGCAGAGGGUUUCUGGUUCUGACUGUGUCUCUGUAUGGCCAUGAUGACCAACCAAAGAACAUCAAGGAAAUCCACCUGGAUUAUUUUGAAGAAGCAAUCAACUUUUUAAGAAAACAAGAAAAGGUGGGCAGUAAAGGAGUUGGUAUAAUAACUCUUUCAAAAGGUGGAGAUCUUGCUCUAUCAGCAGCCUCUUUCCUGCCAAACGUUGAGGCUGUUGUAUGGAUCAAUGGCUGCUCUGCUAAUGUAAUUUUACCCCUCUACUAUAAGAAGAAUCUAAUUCUUCCUGCAUUAAUGUUUGAUCCAAAGCAAUUGAUUCCUACUGAGUCAGGGGCCAUCCUAUGCAAAUAUGCCAUGCACAAUCCUCUAGAGGAAGAGAACAAAGCCACCCUGGUCCCCAUUGAACGAGCCAAGGGCCGCUUCCUCUUUGUGGCCUCAGAGGAUGACCUCAACUGGGACAGCAAGGCCUACAUGGAUGAGAUGGUGGAGAGACUGAAGCAUCAUGGAAAGGACAACUUUGAGACAUUGAGUUACCCAGGAGCAGGACACUAUUUAGAGCCGCCUUAUGGACCGCACUGCCCCUCCAGCUUCCAUGGAGUUGUAGGUAAGCCAGUCUUGUGGGGCGGUGAGCCCGCUACCCAUGCAGCAGCCGAGGUCCACCUGUGGAAGAAGAUCCAGGAGUUCUUCAGAACUCACUUAUAAUGUUUUUAUGAUUUGAACAAUACCGUUCAAAAAACCAGAUCACAACUUAUGCCUUAUAAAACUCUUAUAGAUAUAGAUAUUGAAUUCACAAUCAUUACAUUAUCAUAUGAAUGUAAUUAUUAGACUUGAAUACUGCUUCUGCUAUUUGUAGUAAUUUACCUGUAUAAAAAAAGCUGAAUGAAACUAAGAAAUAGUUUGUUUCAUUGAAUUGACUGACAUUUGUUUUAACUUGCUAGAAAUAAAAACAAUAAAAUUUUGUGUUUCCUACUAAUGUUUUAGUAUGUAUGCAUACAUACAUUGUGUACAAAGGACUGUAUUACCUGGUAUAUUUAGUGUAUUGUGUUCACAUGUAGUUCUUGCGUUCCACCACUAGGCGGCUGACCCGGCUGUAGUAAUAUAUCACAUCCGGCAGACAGCGUGGCUCAGAGAGAAAACCACACACAUGUACCACUGUACACACGCAUCUCCCACUUAUCAAUAAACACGGUUCAACGCUGAAUCCUGGACCUGGUCAUUCCAUCUCACCUCACCUGAACAUAACAAUUGAUGUCCUAAACCGACACCCUGCAGUGAUUGCUAAUCCACCCACAAACUAGCUACAGUCCUCCCUACACAUUGCAAGUAGGAGUAUAGAAAUGAAUCAGCUACUUUAAUACAAAUAGAAAAACUAUUUGGUCGUGCUGCAGUGGUACUAUUGUAGCACAAUUAGCUGAAAAACUAAAUGCAUGAUAUGCAGUCAAAUUUUGCAACUGGUGUGCAUGUGAAUGUUUUAAUGUUCUGAAAUAAAAUGAAUUUGUUGACAGAUGAUCUUUUACUCUGUUAAAAUACUUCACUAUUCCUUUAACAUCACUGUAAAUGUUCUGUCCAUUUUUGUCCUGU